GAGGGAGAGAGGGAGAGAAUGGAGAGCGUGGCAGUGUUUGGCGGAGCAAGUCCAAGUUUUUCCUCAUCUCUUCAACGCUCUUGUUCAACAACCCAGAGAAGUCCCAGCUGCUUAUCCUAUGCCCAACCCAAUUCUAACCUGCGCACCCAGCUAGCAGCAUUCCCUUCAAAGUCCCAUCUUUUCUCCUAUUCCCAAACUCGUCCUCAUGCUAAAACCCCCGCCAAACCUCGCAUCUUCCUCCCACACUUGGUUGCUUCCCUGGAACAAGUUGAGGAGACAUACAUAAUGGUGAAGCCUGAUGGUGUUCAACGUGGCCUUGUUGGAGAGAUAAUCUCAAGGUUCGAAAAGAAGGGUUUUAAACUGACUGGCUUGAAGCUCUUCCAGUGCCCCAGAGAUUUGGCAGAGGAGCAUUAUAAGGAUCUCAAGUCAAAGUCGUUCUUCCCUAAGUUGAUAGAGUACAUUGUAUCUGGCCCAGUUGUGUGCAUGGCAUGGGAGGGUGUUGGUGUUGUUGCAUCAGCGCGUAAGUUGAUAGGGUCUACAGACCCUCUUCAAGCUGAACCAGGAACUAUUAGAGGAGAUCUUGCUGUUCAAACAGGAAGGAAUGUGGUUCAUGGGAGUGAUAGCCCUGAAAAUGGCAAGCGUGAAAUAGCUCUCUGGUUCAAAGAAGGUGAAGUAUGCCAGUGGACGUCAGUCCAAGCACCAUGGUUGAGAGAGUGAUUUUUGUUGGAUGCUUAAUUCUACCAAGGGAUGCAAUUUUGAAGAAGUUUUCUGAGCACCUGUAUCUUCAUGUCGGUUAUGUAUGUAAAAUCUUAAGACGGUUCAAUAACCCCUCAUGAAUUAUCAUGAAUAUGUGAUUAAACAACCCUCUUCACAAAUGUCUGUUUCUUGUAUUAAUUCUUGAUUAAUGAGAAUGACUCCUAUUUGAACAA